UUGAAGCCCACACGGCGUGAACGUCUCAUCAUACAAAGACCCCGCGGAGUUAUUUGGCACAUUUCAGGACAUUAUAAUGGACACUCACAGUAUCAAAGAUCAGUGAAUCUCAUUGAAUCGAUAUAAAGCAUAGAAUAUUCUGAUCGAAUUUUGUAGUGGGAUUAUACGAAAGUGACUAGGAAGGAUCGGUCUGUUUUGUGGUGUUUAUCAGUAGCAGCUGAGGGAGUAUUAUACAUGUGAAAGUUUUCGAUCGGAUUGCUUUCGCGGAUGAAAACAUCAGUGUCGCUAGGGAACGGGCACCAAUGGUCAAUAAAGAACAAUCACCGCCAAUGCGAGAAUCAUCUAACGUUUCAACAAACGUGAUCGUUUUGGGACAUAAUUAUCCGCCGUUGAUUUGGUCAUAGCCAAUAUUGGUGGGAAAACUUUUCAAUUCCAUUAGACCUGAACAUUCCGUUUCUAAUUUCGACGAUUCAUACCAACCGCUGGCAUAGCUCUACGGGACACUCAUCAAUGACAUCAAAGGGACCAUUCUUUUACCUGAUUCACAUUGGACAUAGAACAUAUAUAAAUAGGCGUUAGUGCUAAGACUACUUGAGAUAUCAAUACCGCCAACGUUCAUAUCGAAAGGCCUAGUUAUUAGCAGGCUAGCUCGAUUCAAUAUCUUGUUGAAAGUAUCCGAUCAUACGAUCAUAUAACCCCCAACGGAUUUUCAAGUGUUAAGAAUUGACUAUCAAGUAACGUGUCACCACACGAUUCACGUAAGGUUAUAGUAUCGAAUUGAUAUCAUAGGCAAGGAUAUAGUAAUUACUAUAGCCAUUAGGACGGGACAUCUUGAUUGGGUUAGGCGGAAUCAUCGAUUGAUAUGUGCGUUAUUGAUCUGGAUUAGGACACUACAGUUUUUCGAAUUGCAUUAAAACGAACAUAUGUCAGAUAAAAAGAUCAUCAUUAGGCGACAGCUGGAUUAAGAAUAAUCGAUUUGUGUGUUAUCGUAAACGAGUUGUUGGACAAAUCAAAGCGCAGAGAGACAGUCGUAGCGAUUGGGGACAACUGUAUUUUACUUGCAGUAGUGGUUCCACGGAAGACACAUACUUCCAAGGAACAUCUUACCUGUUCUGGAGCUAGCUUGAAAUAGUUUGAACUGCUUCUCUGGAUUACCUUCUUGCUCUUUCUUGUUCGUAUAUACUGAUUGAAAUUGAUAUGCCCUUACUCGUUUGAGGAUGUUCUAUGGUAGUUCCUUUGGUGACACACAACUUGGCUUGAUGAACGGAUACGGCGGUGACCCAAGCGUCCAGGAGUACCAUCACUAUUACGGACCUAACGGGGAAGAAGUUUCCCAGCCUGGACCAAGAUUCAGCGGCAGAAUGAGUGGACAAUUCCCAGCAACGUCCCCCGGGUAUCCGCGAUCGUAUACUGUGGUUGGCAUGAUGGAACGCGGGCGUGUGAUUGGCAUUGACCCGGAAGUAUCUACUCCAGGGGUGUCACAUCUCCCAACCCCGAUUCUUCAGGAGCUCAGCAGCGUGUAUGGUCAUCUGGGGAACGCUCGGUUCUCUGUGUCGUGUUCGGAUGGACGAUUCUCAAUCCAAGCCGCGGUAUUACCGCCUCCGUUACCACCACCACCCCCACCGCCGCCGCCCCAGCGUCGACCAGCUUACUUUGAAAACGGUAGGCGAGGGUCCUAUGGAGUCGGCAGGCGCGGGGGGUAUGGAAGACAACGCCAAGGAAGACGGGGUAGACAUCCUGAUUUCGAGGAUGACGACGACGAGGAUGAGGACGACGAAGAUGAAAUCGUGAUUGAAAUUCCCAUGGAAACGUACAGGAAGUUACAGGAACAGAAACGUCGCAAUGGCCGCAAACCGGAUAUCAUUAUCGACGAUAGCCCAAAUGUUUACGAAGGUUACCCAAUGUCGGGUUAUAACCCUCAUCAAAAUCGAAGCUACCAAAACAACAAUUCCAAUCCCAAACCCCACACUCCCAUGCCAACUAACAAUAAUUUUCCCAACAACGCUUACAAUGAUGCUGAUGACCCAAACGCGCAUUAUGUACCAGAUGAUCAGGGCCAAUUAGUGCAGCAGUACAGGAGGCAGCAGAAGGGAAAGACUGGAGCAAAGGACGACGGGGACAACUAUGCACCCGUGGAAAUGCAAACAGGACGAUCAAAGUUCUCACAAGUCAAGGGUAGACACAGUGACGGAGCUGGUACGGACAUGGGCGCGCCUCCGGACAGUUACAUCAUGGACAAAUAUCUAAAGACGUAUAAUGCAUAACUGAAAAUACAUAAGGCACUGUGGAAGACAGGCGGCCAUUCAUGCCGGAUGGUGUGGACGGCUGAGGCUACGGCCGAAACUAUUGCUUCCAUGUUUUUGGUGACACCCUGUUGACAUCUCAGCAGAUACCCAAGGAAGACGGAUAUCCAUCCAUAUGUCUGCCUAGUUGGAUGGCAUUGACCGUAAAGGUUUUUUAAAAAGCGAUGGUCGGGGGUCACUGGAAAAACAAGAAACACGUUUGAAUGCCGAUCACCACGCAAGACAUAUGAGGCAAGCUUUAUAUUUUUGCUAAUGUCCCACUUUGUACGGGAACGGCUGUUGGACUCUGGGCCCAAGCUUGGUAUCGAAGGUGGAAUGAAGAAGGAGAAGGAUUUGAUGCCUUAAUGGAAAACCUACAAAUUGUGAUAUAAUGGUCAUGUUAAACAAUAUAUAACUGAGAAAAUAAAAAAACUGGUUAAUGUCGGUUUUUUGGCGUUUUAU